GUAAUGUCAUAGACGAGAAUUCACACGCUUUCCCAUCGCUGGAGAGAACGCGAGAGCUUGGGGCUGUCAGUCCCCUUUCCCCCCCCGUCACAUGUGCCAUCCGUGCGGGGCUCAGUGAACCAACCUCCAGCGCACACCGCGGGGGUCGCCGCGGUGGGACGGAGACACAUACACCCCGCUUUCGAGACCCAAAAGUCGGCUGCGGAGUUUUUUUCCCAGCUCGAUGAGACUUGGCUCCUUUUCGUCGUCUUGUUUUUGAAUUUUUUUUUUUUUUUUUUUUUUUUUUUUACAGAGUACACUUCAUGGGACCAUGAAGUGAAACUCCGCCAUAUUCGGCACAUCCACCACGCCCGCCGAGAGUGCUGAAAACGUAUUUGCUUCACUUCAUUUAGCAUUAAAAGCGGCGUGUAAAGGGAGGCGACGCCUGAAGCCGGGCACGAUGACCCUGAUGGCGGUGGGGGCUUGCUGCCUCAACCCGGAGGCCAAAGAGGCUCGGAGGAUCAACGACGAGAUCGAAAGGCAGCUACGCCGCGACAAGAGGGACUCGAGACGGGAAUACAAGCUUCUUUUGCUCGGGACCGGCGAGAGCGGUAAGAGCACCUUCAUCAAGCAAAUGAGGAUCAUCCACGGCCGAGGCUACUCUGACGAGGACAAGCGUGCCUUCACCAGGCUGGUGUACCAGAACAUUUUCACCGCUAUGCAGGCCAUGAUCCAGGCCAUGAAGAUGCUGCGGAUCCCCUACAAGUACCAAUACAAUAAGGCCAACGCCAGUACUGUCUGUGAGGUGAACGUGGAGACGGUGACGACGUUUACAAAAGAGUACGGAGACGCCAUCAGGAGCCUGUGGGCCGACCCGGGGGUCCAGGAAUGUUACAGUCGCAAGAGAGAAUACCAGCUCUCCGACUCGGCCAAAUACUACUUGAACGACUUGGACCGCAUCGCCGACGCCGCGUACCUGCCGUCGCAGCAGGAUGUGCUGCGGGUCAGGGUGCCCACCACGGGCAUCAUUGAGUACCCCUUCGACCUGGAGAACAUGGUGUUCAGGAUGGUGGACGUGGGCGGGCAGCGCUCGGAGAGGAGGAAGUGGAUCCACUGUUUCGAGAAAGUCACAUCCAUCAUGUUCCUGGUGGCGCUCAGCGAGUACGACCAAGUGCUGGUGGAGUCGGCACACGAGAACCGUAUGGAGGAGAGCAUGGCCUUGUUCCGGACAAUCAUCACCUACGAGUGGUUCGAAGAGUCCUCGGUCAUCUUGUUCCUCAACAAGAUUGAUUUGCUGGAGGAGAAAAUAAUGCAAUCGCAUUUGGUUGACUACUUUCCUGAAUAUAAUGGUCCGCAGGGGGACGUGAAGGCGGGCCAGGAAUUCAUCCUGAACAUGUUCGUCAACCUGCACCCCAACCGCAAGAAGCUCAUCUACUACCAUUUCACCUGCGCCACCGACACCGACAACAUCCGAUUCGUCUUCCACGCCGUCAAAGACCACAUCCUGCAGGGCAACCUCGAAGACUACAACCUGGUGUGAAACGGAGGUAUGGCGUCAGGAGUCCGGAGUGGAGGGAGAUUCCUGAAAAGCCUCGCUAUUUGACUACUUUGAUGCAAGAUGGCGGCAACGGAGCACCCAAUGACGGUACUACUGAUGUAUUCAGACCUUUAAUCACUAAACUGCUGCCCGAGUGGACGAAGCGUUAUAAAAAUCUCACCGAGCGGCAGUCAGCGGAUGACUGCACGCGGACACAGUGGGACUGAUUUUUACGUGGGUGCGAGUCGGUCUCACUUUAAACUGGGAGUCCCCGUCCGUCCAUUGUAGCUCGUGUGUGCCUCUGUUGGGAAAACAGUAUGAAAAGUCAUUUGAGCAUUUAUUCGAUAUCCAGUAGGGAUGGGCGAGUACCGUUACCAGGUAUCGGUAUCGGGUCUAUACUGGCCUUAUUUCAAGGUAUUGGGUACUCGUGAAGGCUGCUGAUACCAGCCACCGAUACUGAAGUCAAGAAAAUCUGACCUGGAGUAAGUCCUCCUCAUCAGUAUUCGAGAAAUGAGUGAAUCAUCAUUAGGGUUGGGCAUCAAGAAUCGCGAGAGUCCAAUUCUCCCGGAAUCGUUCAAAUGAAAAAAAUAUCGGUUCCCAGUUACGAUGCCUAUAGUCCGCCCACCCCGAAGAAGAAGUGGCGAAAACCAACUUAGAAGUGGCGAAAACCAACAAAGAAGAACACGCACAAACGCAUGCUUGUGCCCACCGGCGCCGAACAAAAGUGUGUCUUAAGUUUUUUCAAAUUAAUGACCAGUCGCCUCAGUGCAACACUUGAUGAUAAUGUAUAAUAAUAAUCACCGGUGCCGUGUGAAGUUACUUUUUUGUGUCAAAAUGUGGACUUCCGGUGCGUACCCUUCAAAAUAAAAGGCUGCUAGCUUAAAACAGGAUGUCAAAUUAAAACGUGCACAUAUAAACCAUUUGACAUGAUGCAACAUCCAUCCAUUUUCCGUACCGCUCACCCUCACGAGGGUCGCGGGUGUGCUGGAGCCCAUCCCAGCUAUCAUCGGGCGAGAGGCGGGGUACACCCUGAACUGGUGGCCAGCCAAUCGAGUCCCAAAUAACUGUUUUAGCAAUGCUAUAUUUAAAUUUGAGCUGAAACAUGAAUUAACGAAUAUAAAGUCAAUUGGGUUAGUUCCACACACAUUGCCAUCAAGUUCAUAGGUUUGAUAUUAAUACCGGUGAUAAAACCCCGAGUCAAAUGUUCGUUUUAGUCUACGGUGCGGGUUGCUAAGAAAAUGGACGUUCAUAAUUUGGACACCCUUUAUUUUAACCAUGCAAAUUUUUUUGACCCAGCCCCCUAAAAGAACCGGAAUCGAGAAUCCUUUGGAACCGGAAUCGAAAUAAGGAACUGGAAGCAGAACCGGAAUCGCUCAAAUUCAAACGAUGUCCAACCCUAAUCAUCAUGUGCGUCAGAAAGAACGAACGUUUAGUUCACAAUUAUCUCUGAUUGUAUUCAUUGAAAUUAUAUCUAUCAAAAGUACUAGUGGUGUCGGUACUCGGUAUUAGAGUACUCAAGAGCGAAUACAUGUACUGGUAUCCGUCUAAAAAUAAAAAGCGGUGUCGAGCAUUCAUAAUAUACAGCUUAAGGUCCAUGUACUAAUAUGCUCUAGGUCCUCACUGUCAGACAAUUCAACAUAGUAGUAGAACAACUUUGUGUCAAAACAAAACAAAACUGCACUAGUUGACACUGUGUGCUACUAGUACCUACUAGCUACUAGUUUUUAUAGUGUCACAAGUAGUGCAACGCUUAGGGUCACUAGUAGGAUGUCAUUUUCCUACUGUUGUGCCCAAAUUGUCCUACUGGUGAGGAGAAAGCGCAUACUCGUUCAUGGACCUUAAACUGGAGCUCAAGAAUCUUGGAUAAAUGCUCGCACGGCUCUUUGAGCAAAUAUCCGAUAUCAAACCUUUUAUUCGAUAUCUUUGAACUUAUAGUAGUAGUACUAGGCCAAAGGUAGCACAAGUAGUCGGAAAAAAAACAUUACUCGUCGGACAUUGUUGUUCUACUAGUGCGCUGCCUUGUGUUUCGAGUGAGGACAAAGAGUGUACUAGUAUAUGGACCUUAAGCUGGAUAGCAAGGAUAUGGAAUAGAUGCUCAAACGGCUUUCCAUAACCCAGUCAUAAUCAACACUAAUUGCACAUUUCCCUUUUAAGCCUUCACUCAUUUGCAUACUUGAGUAACAUUGUUUCACCAGUUUGGAGUCGACAUCUUUGUUUUUGUGUGUGCACAGCAUCAAUUUGUAUUUGCCACACUGGGAAAAAAAAAAAAAAAAUACUACAAUUGCGAGAAAACGGUUGUAAAGUUGCGAGGAGAAUACAAAUAAUAACGGAAAUAUCCGGAUAAAAAAAUGUCCGAGAAUAAUAUUACAGGAUUUUUGGUUGUGUUUUUGUGAGGAAAAAGUCCUAUUUUUUUUUUUUUAAUUAGUGAAUUUAAAAACAAUAACUAUAAAAAAACUUUAUCCUUGGAACAUUCCAACUUUAUUCUUUGCAAUUUUGUUCUCUUUAAAUUAUUACUUUAUUGUAGAGUGACACAGUUUUUUCCUUAAUAAAAUUCCGGCUUUUUUGCUCAUCCAACAAUAUGUUUUUCCUGUAAAAUUGGGAAUUUUAUUCUCAUGAAAUUACCACUUUAUUGUUGUGAAAUUUGCCAGUAAAAGAUUAAAAAAAAAGAGAAAAAAGUACAGUUACAAAAAACAGUCGUAACGUUGCAAGAGUAAUGCAAUUGUAAUUUCACGAUUAAAAAAGUUGUUUACUUUUUAGGUUAAUGUUUUGGAUCAAGUCUAUCAGAAGACUAUUUUUUCGACAAUGUUAAAAAAAAGUCAAAAUUUUAACUUGUGAAUUAAGAAAACAAAACUAUGGUAUAACUGUAUAUACACGAUUUACAACUGUGUUCUCAUAACAUUCCAACUUUGUUCUUAUAACAAUUUUAUCCCCAACUUAUUAUGACUUUACUGUACAUUUUUCCUUGAAAAAAAUUCUACUCUAAAUUUUUUCCUGUAAUACAACCUUAUUUUUAAAAUUCUGGGUCUUUUUUUGUAAAAUUGGGACUUUAUUUUCCCCUAAGAUUGCCACUUUACUGUUGUGAAAUUUGCCACAACAGUAAAGUGGCAAUCAAAAUAUAACAUUUAACUUUAGUAUUAGCCACACUGAAAAGAUUAAACAACCAGUCAUACAGUUGUGUUUAUAAUUUCACUAUAAUGUUCCGAUAGUCUGUUCUUUUGAUGAAGUUGUCAUAUUACGACACUAAAGUCAUGUUACACGGCUUUUUUAUCAUCUUUUAUUGAAUAAAGUAAUUAAUUUUAACGAGCGAAUGUAAAAAACAAAAACAAAAUCUUAAACCGCAAAUAAAGAGUAACUAACUACGCUGUUUACGAAUGUUCGUAACACUCCUACUUUAUUCUUGUAAAAUUGCGAUUUUUAUCCUCUUCAAAUGUUGACGUCAAUGUAAAUGGACUUUAUUCUUGUAAUAUAGAUACUUUUCCCCCCAUAAAUCAUGACAUGAUUCUUGUAAAUUACGACUGUUUGAAUGUACAAAUAAAAAAAAAAUAAAACAAAUCUCAUAAAGUUCUAUUUGUUUUGGCUCACAGUUUGACUUUUCAUCGAAAGAUUACCACUUUAGUUCUUAAAUUUUGCACUUUUUUCUCAAAGUAACUUUUUGAGUAAAAUUAAAACUUUAUUCUCGUAAAAUAAUACAUCUUCAUUAAAAUGAGUUACUACUAUUUUCAUAAGUUACCACUUGUCUUGCAAAAUGAUGAAUUUAAAGCACCACUGAAGCUAUUGUUGUAAAAUUAACUUUUUAAAAAAAUGAAUGUUUCCAGCCCAUAAACUUUUAUUCACAUAAGAUACAUCUUUUUCGCAAAAUUAUGACUUUUCUCAUACUACUACAACUUUGUUCUUGUAAAUUGCAUUGUUCUUCAAAAUUUAGAACAGUUUCUCAAAGUCAUUUUUUUUCUUGUAAUAUUACAAAAUACUUCUUGAAAAUUUACUACUGUUUACUUCACAAAAUAACAACUUUUCUUGCAAAAUUAGGACUGUCCUCUGGUAAACCUGAAUUUGUUUUGUAAAAUUACAAUACUUCUCGUAAAUUGAAAGUUUGUUUAAACUUAUUCACUGGCAGCCUUCCCAGUUAUUUAUUUUACAUUUUUUUUCCCCAUCAAAUUGAGGCUGUUCUCGUAAGAAUUACAACUUUAUUUUGGUCAAAUUACGCUUUAUUUAGCUGAUAUUCCGAGUAUAUUCUCGGAGAAUUAUGAGUUUGCGGUAAGUCUAAUUAAAGUAAAAAAAUUUCCCCGUAGCCGAAGUAAUUUUUUUUUUUUUUUACGACUUUAUUCUUGUAACAUGUUUGACUUAUUUUCUGUGUGUCCCUAACAGUCCACUUCCACAUGCACAUGAACACAUUUCAAAGGGAAUUCUGCUGCAUAAGCAUUUCAUCAUUUCUUUCUUUCCUUUUUUUUUCUUCCAUAAUUUGGUGAUUGUAUGAAGCUGCAGUCAUGUAAUUUGUAAUCUGCCAAAUUGGCUGUAGAAGUGGGUUUGUUUGAACGUGCACUAUAAAUAUGACAUGGUACAGCGACCGCAGUCCCGAAGAGCCUAAACGCCGAGAGAAAUGUGUGUUAAAUAACCUCUCGGGCAUUAAAUGAGUGCGGUCUUGAUCUCAGUUGAAGUGCUGUUUAAAUUGUUGGAGUAAAUGAAUAAAAGCCUAAUUAGAGCAGAUUGGUGGCACCACUGUUUACAUGACCUCUCGUCGUCUUAUUAAAAGUAAUUGCGGUCUAAUUUAUGCUUGAAUUUCACUCACUGCAAUUGAUGUUUUAUGCAGCAUCUGUGUGUGUGUGCGCGCGCGUAUGCAUGUGUGUUUGUAUGUGAUCAUUUGAAUAAAGUAAAAAUGUUGCUAA